AACCAACAUCCGCGGCGUGCUGUCAUUGCGCACGGAUUGGAGUUACACACAGACUAUAUGAGAGCUGUGCAUUGCCUAUUAUUACUAGUGUCAUAGCUCAGACAGAUAUGUUUUUCCUGAAGGACACUGGACGCCGUUAUAGUAGCCGAACAUAAUGUAUAUUUAAUGGUUAAAUAGUGAGACGCGCCUCUGCUGGAGACUUUCAAAGUUUCGGCUCUGUCUAAACACUUCGCCUCAGCGUGGCCAUGUCUCUGCCGGCCAAAGUGAUGAGAGACGGGCUGCUGGAGAAGCGCAGCAGCGGGCUGCUCCAGCUGUGGAAGAAGAAGCGCUGCGUGCUCACAGAGGAAGGGCUGCGUCUGCACAACUGCAAAGGCGGCGGCGGCGGCGAUGCUCCGAGCUCGGCGUGGAGCUCUAAAGCCAAGGAGCUCCGCUUUGAGCGCAUGGCCACGGUGGACUGCGUGGAGUACAAGCGCGGACUGGUGUACUUCACCGUGGUCAUGGCCACAGGGAAGGAGAUUGACUUUCGCUGUGCGCAGGACGGCACGGCGUGGAACGCGGAGAUCGCUUUGGCGCUGGUGCGCUACAAGAACCUGCAGGCCGUGCAGACGGGGCGGAAGAGGCACCUGUCCACUUCCCACCUGGGCAGCACUGGGGAGGAUGAGGAGCUCUGACCUGGAAAGGCCUUUCUACUCAAACCAGUCAGAGUGGAGAAGCGUUGAGGACACCAAAUCCAGCGGCUUGAUUCUGUGGUGCACGCGGCAUCAUGGGAUGUUGAGAACGGCCACCAGAGAACAGAGAGUAAAGGACUGAGAGCAGGAGUCACAGACGACCUUCUUGUCUUCUCACAUGAGCUCAUUCACGCUGUCAUGCAAAGCCAAGGAAUCUGAUAUAGGCCCACUGUAAGCAUGGAUGGAAGUGUUUUUUCUGUCCUGACCUCAUUGCUCGAGGUCACUGGGGAGACCCCUGCAUCAGGAAAAGAUGGCAUUAUUUGGACAGAAACUGAGGAGCUGGAACGCUGUUGACCCCCUCGUGCCUUGUUGUUUCUCUUCUUGCAUUUGAUGGAACCACAUCGCUGUUUGACAGGCUUCGAAAACUUUUCUUAUCGACUGAAGAGAUCUGCAUGUUUUUCUAUAGCUGAACAUGAAGAAUAACUAUUUUGCUCAACUUCAUUGCACAUUGUAUUCCGCUGUAUAUAGCCUACUGUAUUUGCUUAAACUAUGUACAGUAUCACCCUCCUAAACAGAUGAAAUAAAUUUUUGUCAGGAAU